AUGCCUACAAAAGCAAACAAAAAGCUUCACGGUCCCAGUCUUUAUAAAACAUUUGUUGAUGCUUAUAUGAAAGCUCGACCUGAUGAAAGACGAGUUAUAAAACAUCGUGCUGCACAACUUGAAUGGAAUGAAAUAAAAUGGAAUGAAGAAUAUGUUAAAGAGAAAAUUGAGGAAUAUUUAGAAAUAUACAAUAAACUUGAAUUCCCUUCAGAUCAAGGUAUUGAAUGUUUAUCAUCAUCAUCAUUAUUACAUUCUUCAAAAUUAUCAAAAACUAAUCGUAUUCGAUCAAAAAGAAAAAGAAAAAAAAGAGAUUUAGAUUAUCGUCUUAGAAAACGUAAACCAGUUGAAGAAGAAAUAUUUGAAGAUCCAAAAGAAUUACCACCUAUAAAAGGUAUUCCAUUAGAACCAUUAUCAAAACAAAAAAAACAACCAGCACAAGAACGUCUUUAUAAACAAUUAAGUGAUAUUAAUGAUCGUAUUGCUUCAUUAGUACAAGUUAGACAAAUGGGUUUAUCAACAUCUGAAAAUAGAAAACAAUUAAAACAAUUAAUGAAAGAUAGAACAAAGAAAGCUUUUGAAUUAAAACGUCUUCAAUCAAAACAAAGAUCUUCAGAUAGAUAUCGAAUUAGACGAAAACAAAUUGUUGAACAUUUAUUUGAAACCAAACCUGAAUUACAUCCACAAUUAAAUAAACUUUAUCGUCGUGGUACUGGUCGACCACGAGUUGAAGAAGAAUGUCCUGAUCUAUUACAAAUUAUUGAAGAAAUUGCAAGAGUUGGUGGAGCAAGUGAUGAUCGAAGACGAUCAGAAACUAUUCGACCUUGUUUAACAUUAGAUGAUUUAAGAGAAAAAAUUAAACAAAGAGGUUAUGAUAUUAAAAGAACAACACUUUAUUAUCGUCUCUUACCUCAUCGUGCAAAAUCAAGAGAUGGUCGUCGUCAUGUAAAUACUGUUCCAGUUCGUCUUCGUCGUGCUCAAAAUGAUGAUCAUAGAAAACAUGAAGAUGGUCAUUUUGCUACAGCAACAAUACGUUAUAUGAAAGAUUUAGCUUCUAUAUUCGGCAAUGAUUGUGUUUUUUAUUUAUCUCAAGAUGAUAAAUGUAAAGUUCCAUUAGGUUUACCUGCAGCUAAAAUUCAAGCACCAAUGCUUAUGCAUUUGGAUUAUCGUAUACGUUUACCAGAUCAUGAUUGGACAGUUGCACCUCGACAUCAAUUAACACCAAGUGUAUAUGCAGCAUGUUUAUUAUCUGAAGAGGGUGAUUUAGGUUAUUCAGGUCCAACAUAUGUUGCAAUACGUUCAGCUAAACAUGAAUUUUCAAGUGCUGAAUCUCAUGCACUAGAUUUUGAUCGUCUUGUUUGUUUAAAAGAAUUUGAACAAGUAGCACGUGAUGAAACUGGACAAGUUAAACCAAUUUUAAUUAUUACAGUUGAUGGUGGUCCUGAUGAAAAUCCACGUUUUCCAAAAACACUUGUUGCAAGUAUUAGAAAAUUUAAAAAAUAUAAUUUAGAUGCACUUUUUAUUCUUACACAUGCUCCUGGUCAAUCAGCUUAUAAUAUAGUUGAACGUCGUAUGGCACCAUUAUCUCAUGAUUUAGCUGGUCUUAUUUUACCACAUGAUCAUUUUGGUUCACAUUUAAAUGAAUCAGGUGGAACAAUGAAUGUUGAUUUAGAAAAAUUAAAUUUUCGUAAAGCUGGACAAAUCUUAGCCGAAAGAUGGAAUCUAUCAGUUAUUGAUGGAUAUCCAUGUGUUGCUGAAUAUAUUAAUCCACCAGCUACAACAGAUGAUGAACGUCGACAAGUUGAUGUUAAAAUGGUUAUAGAUGAACUUUUACGACAAACUUGUGCUGAAGAAGAAGCAGAAGAAGGAUAUGAAUUUCGUAUUCAACAAUCGGAAGAAUAUUAUCAAGAAAAUGCUCGUGCACCAAGAGAAAAAACUGGAGAACAACCAAAAUAUGAUAUUGAUGAAUAUUGGUGUGCUAUACAUGUUUUACAAACACAAUAUACAUUACAAAUAGUUCGUUGUAAUUCAAUUGAAUGUUGUGGACCAUGGCGUUCAAAUUAUGAUGAAGUAUUUCCUCAUCGAUUUUUACCAUCACCUGUACCAUUUGAACGUACACCAUAUGGUAUUAGAGUGGCAGAAAGAGAUUAUCAAAGAGGACAAUUUUAUGGUUCAUUAUUUCAAAGAAUUCAAUAUCAUGGUGUUGUUAUUCAACAUACACAGAAUGAAAUGUUACCAUUUGAUUUCUGUUGUUCAUCAGUGAAAAAGGAAUUAAAAAAACGUACAUGUAGAAUAUGUAAUCAAUAUAUUCCAUCGGCAUAUCGUAUGAAAAAUCAUUAUAAAAUUCAUGCACAAAAUUAUGAACAUUUUGAUCAUGAUCAAGAGGAUAGAUUACCAUCACUAAUAAUAAAUGAUAUAACAAUCGAUUCAAAUGAAAAGCAACCAUUAAUACCAGCAGCAUUAGCACCUGUAGUUAAAAUUGAAAUGUUAGAUUGGCUUCGAUCAGAUUUUGAUGAUAUUGAUUUAAAUUCAAAAAUAUCACAACUUGCAAGUGAUCGUGUUACACGUUCUAUGAUAAAAUUAUGUUUUGAUGAAAAUAAUGAUGAAUUGGAAAGUAAAGAUUUUAUUCAUAUAGACUAAAAACAUUCAAUAAUAAUCAUCUUUAAUUGUUAUUAUUUUUCAUUCUAGCUUUUUUUUUUUUGUAGUAUUUUUAUUUCGAUUAAUUAUCUUUUUAAAUUUCUUGUGAAAAUAAAAAAAUUUUCAAUAUACAAUAAGAAUUUUUUUUUCUUGAUCUAUAAUGAACAUGAAUAUCUUUUUGGAUAUUGAGAAUAACAAAUACAUUUAAAUGUAUUUUCAGAAGAGAGGGUGUGGGUGU